AGAAAUUUACCGAAACACCAUUUUAAAAAAUGUAUGAUAGACUUAGCCAAUAAUAUAUAUUUAUAUAGAAGUGAGAAGGUGUGGGAGGAAUAAAAUAAUUUGUCCACUUAUUAUGUCCCUUCUUUAUAUUAUUAUAUAUAUCAUCUUUUAUAUAAUAAUCUCAUGUAUCAACUUGUCAUCAUAUCAAGGUGACAUAUACAUAUAUUUUUUAUAUAUAUAUACAUAGAAAGAAAGAAAGAAAGAGAACCUUAUAACGCGUCUUUUGAGCGUGUUCUUGAAUAGUUCUAUGUACCUUCUUCUUCUUCUCUUUCUUCUUCUUUCAUUUAUAUGAUAUAUAUAUAUGUAAUGAUGAUGAUAUGUAAUCUUGUUCACACUUUCUAUUGAGAAAAAAAGAUAAAAAUGGAUUCAAUGAAGCCUUCAAAGAACAAAUUAGCUCGAACUUUAGCUAAAGUUCUUCACUUUAGAACUGGGAUUGCUCCUGUGGAUUCGGGGAUCGAAAAAGUUGGGAUCGAAAUCAAGAAAAAAGGCGAUAAGGAUGAUCGAAAUGAUGAAGAAGAAGAGGGUGAAGAGAGUUUGGCAAUGGAAGCUUUUUUAGCUAAGUUAUUUGCUAGCAUUUCUUGUGUGAAAUGUUGUUAUGCUCAGUUACAAUUUUGUCAAUCUCCUUAUGAUGUUGAUGGGAUUCAAAUGGCUGAUCGAAUGGUUGUUUCGGAAUUGAAGAAUUUGUCUGAGUUGAAAAGAUGUUACUUGAAGAAACAGUUUGAGGAUGAUCCUUCUCCUCGUACUAGUUUGGUAUUGGCUGAGAUUCAAGAACAGAAAAGUUUGUUGAAAACUUAUGAGAUUACCGCGAAAAAGCUCGAGAAUCAAGCUAGGUUAAAGGAUUCAGAGGCCAUUUUUCUUCGGGAGAAGUUGGAUGAAGUGAAUAAACAAAACAAAGAGUUUGAGAAGAAGUUGAAUCAAAGUGGACAAGUUUUAUCUGUUCUUGACAAUCUUCACUUUUCGGGGUUAAACCCUAGCCAUUUCAUCGCGGUUUUGCGCCACUCAGUUAGGUCAAUUCGAAGCUUUGUUAGGGUUAUGAUCGAGGAGAUGAAAACCGCGAAUUGGGAUUUUAAUGCUGCAGCCUAUGCAAUCCAACCCGAAAUUGUGUAUUGGAGAGAAGAACAUAAAGUUUUCGCCUUUGAAUCUUUCGUUUCGAGGGAAAUGUUUGAUGGUUUUUGUUACCCUAAUUUCGUUUUGUCAAAGGAACAAUGUUUAACUUCAACAACAAGGCAAAAGGAGAGAUUUUUUUCGAGGUUUACGGAGGUUAAAUCUUCGAAAACAAAGGAAUUUCUUUGUAAGAAGCCAAAAUCAAGUUUUGCCAAUUUUUGUCGUUUAAAGUACUUGAAACUCAUUCAUCCAAAGAUGGAAGUUUCAUUCUUUGGUGAUCAAAGUUUUAGAAAUCUCAUUCAAAACAGCAAUGGCGAGUUUCCAAUGUUCGAUUCGUCGACAUUUUUAGCCUCCUUUUUCGAAAUGGCGAAAAGGGUAUGGCUACUACAUUGUCUAGCAUUCUCAUUUGAGCCUCAAGCUUCAAUCUUUCAAGUCAAAAAAGGUUGUCGUUUUUCAGAAGUUUACAUGGAAAGCAUAGCUGAAGAAGUGUUCCCUUUAUCACAAAACGACAUGUCGUUUUGUUCUUCACAGGAAUCAGAUUCCAAUGUUGCUUUUACUGUCAUUCCUGGGUUUAAAAUUGGUAAGACUCUUAUUCAGAGCAAAGUUUACUUGUCUCAAAUCCUACAUUAACCGUUGGAUGAUGAUGAGUCUUUUGAUCCAACGGUGGAGAAUGAAUGAGGGGCCAUUUUGGGAAAAGGCAAAGGUCGGAGGACUGUUUUUUAAAUAUAUAUUUUUUUGGGGGGAGAGAAUAAAAAAAGGUAUUAUUAUUUAAUAAUAAUAUUUUUUUAUUAUUAUUAUUUCUCCCAAAAGACAAAAAUUAUGGUCCUUCAAUUUUGUUAAUAUUAGGUUUUUAGAAUGGAUGGGAUCUUAGCUGUUUUGCAUAUUUUUUUAGCUGUAAUUUACUAGACAAUGAGUAAGUUUAUAUAUAUUAAAAAAACUUUUUUAAUUAUGUAAAUAAUAAUAGUAUUAUUAUUUUAUUUCAUAUUUUAUAUAAGGUUGAGAUUUCUAUGACCCCA